AUGCACUCCGUGUCGCGGCGGGCGACCGGCGCCGCCGUUCGCGCCGCCGCGGCCCGCCAUCGACGGCCGUACUACCACGACGCGGUCGCCUCUGGGCCCAAUGCUCUAUACCUCGAGAACAUCUACACGCAGUGGAAGGCCGAUCCCUCGAAACUCGAUCCCAAGUGGAGCGAGUACUUCGCGGGCCUGGAGGGUGGCGGGGCGGCGGCGCCGCCGGCCUCGGGCUCCGACAUGCGGGCCGCGUCGCUGGGCGCGCAGCUGACAGCGCCGCGGGAGGGCGGCUCGGCCCUGCUCGGGUACAAGCACCGCCACGCGGGAGGCGCCGUCAACACUGGCGCCGGCAUCCAGGGCCUCAUCCGAGCCUACCAGGUGCAGGGCCACAAGGCGGCCAACGUGGACCCCCUGGGCUUGCACCAGUGGCGCAUCUGGGAGAAGUCGAUGUAUCCGAGGUCCCAAAGCCCUGUGGUUAGCAUCCCCGAGCUUGACCCUAAGUUCCACGGCUUCACCGAGGCCGACAUGGACAAGCCGGCGGGCGUUUCCUUCGGAGGGCUCCCGAGCGACGCCCCGCUGAAGGACGUCGUGGCAACGCUGAACCAGACCUACUGCGGCAGCGUGGGGAUCGAGUACAUGCACAUUGGCGACUACCAGGUCCUGGACUGGAUCCGGAUGCGCGUGGAGAGCCCAGACUUCAUCCCGAAGGACAAGGCGAAGCUGAUGAAGGUUUACAAACAGCUCUGCGAGGUGGAUACGUUCGAGCAGUUCCUGAACAACAAGUACAAAACAACAAAGCGUUUCGGCGUGGACGGUGCGGAAGCCUCGAUCGCGGGGAUUAACGCGGCCCUCGAGAAGGCGGCCGAGCUGGGCGCCAACCAGUGCGUCAUUGGAAUGCCUCACCGUGGCCGCCUCAACGUGCUUACGAACGUGGUCGCGAAGCCGCUGGUGCAGAUGUUCGCCGAGUUCAAAGGCACGCACUACGACUUCGACAAACUGCUGGAGGAGUCCCAGGAGAACGACUGGCUCUACGCCGGCGACGUGAAGUACCAUCUGGGGACCUCGAACGUGCGCACCUUCGAGAACGGGAAGUCCAUGACGGUGACAUUAGAGGCAAACCCCUCGCACCUGGAGACCGUCAACACGGUGACCUUGGGGCGCACGCGCGCCAAGCAGUACUACCUCGGAAACACGGAGGACUCACGCAAGCGCGUGCUGCCCGUCCUCCUUCACGGCGAUGCGUCGUUCGCUGGGCAGGGUGUGGUUUACGAGACCAUGCAGUUGGCCCACGUCGCGGAGUUCGACGUGGGCGGCACCAUCCACGUCAUCGUGAACAACCAGGUGGGUUUCACGACGGACCCAGUGGACGACCGCUCGACCAUGUACUCGUCCGAUCUCGGCAAGGCGUUCAACAUUCCCAUCCUGCACGUCAAUGCCGAUGAUCCCGUCGGCGUGGUGAGCGCCUUCGAGCUGGCCGCGGAGUGGCGCCAGGCGUGGGGCACGGACGUGAUCGUGGACGUCAUUGGGUACCGGCGCUACGGCCACAACGAGACGGAUGCACCAGAGUACACGCAGCCGGUGCUCUACAAGACGAUCUCCAAGCAUCCCCGCUCUGAGGCGGUCUAUUCAUCUAAGCUCACCGCCUCCGCCAUCGCGGCGCAAGCGGAGAUCGACGCGGUGAAGGACGCGCUGUGGAAGAAGCACGAGGAAGCGUUCGAGGCGGCGGACAAGUUCCAGGAGACCGACGCCUCCUGGGUCGCCACCAAGUGGGAGGGCUUCGCGCGGCCCACCGACCCGUCCACCAGGGACCCGACUGGUGCAGACAUCGAACUCCUCAGGAAGAUUGGCGCCCGCUUGUGCGAGGUGCCAGAGGGCUUCAAGUUGCACCCUGGACUCAAGAGGCAGUUGGCCAAGAAGAAGCAGGACAUCGACCAGGGCGUUGCGAUAGACUGGGCGACGGCCGAGGCAAUGGCCUUCGGCACCCUGCUGCUGGAGGGCAACCACGUCAGGCUCACCGGACAGAUGCCCUCUGAUAAGAUGAUCGGAGGCGGCGACGAUGCCUUCAACACGUUCUUCUCCGAGACUGGCGCCGGCAAGCACGUCCCCCGCUGUGUGAUGGUCGACCUAGAGCCCACUGUGGUCGAUGAAGUACGCACGGGUACAUACCGUCAGCUGUUCCAUCCUGAGCAGCUCAUCUCCGGCAAGGAAGACGCCGCGAACAACUUCGCGCGAGGCCACUACACCAUCGGCAAGGAGAUCGUCGACCUCGUCCUGGAUCGGAUCAGGAAGUUGGCCGACAACUGCACUGGCCUCCAGGGCUUUAUGAUCUACAAUGCCGUCGGCGGAGGCACCGGCUCUGGGCUCGGUUGCCUGAUGCUGGAGCGCUUGUCUGUGGACUACGGGAAGAAGACGAAGUGCUCUUUCACUGUGUGGGCGUGCCCGCAGGUCGCCACGGCAGUGGUGGAGCCCUACAACACCGUUCUCUGCGUGCACUCCCUCCUGGUCGAGGGACAGGACGCUGCCGACGAGGAGCUGGACGACUGGCUGCCCCCGGUCGUCGCGACACCGCAGAGGAGCGUCGGCACCGUGGACUCUUGGCUGCCGCUCCGCAGGGAGGAGAGGGGCAGCGUGCGGUGUUGCAGGCGCAACCCCAGAGAUGGACUGGACACCUGGGUGUGCAAGCUGUGUGAUGAAACAGUCACCGCGCCCAAAGGCGCCUCCCGCUAUUUGGGGAUAAAGAAGAGUGUUCGCUUCGCAGAGAUAGUCUUGCAGCGCCGCCGCCACCUCCAGCGAUGGCAUCAAGGGGAAGAUUGGUCGAUGGCGGGCUCCCUGAAGAAACCCGCUAGGCUGCCGCCGAGGGUGCGACGCAAGGUGCCGCUGACGCAGCAGGAGUUUCAUGAGAUGAGAAGCAAUGCGGCCAAGAAGCGGCACGCGAAACGGAAGAUUGACGAGGCCGCCGAAGCGCUCACAGCCAGAGCAGACGCUGGGAGCUUCACGGCGGCGGAGAAGGAACGCAACAAGGUCAAGUGCCGCGCCAUGGUGAAGGCUGUGUGGGGCCCUGGGCAAGAUGUUGCUGACCGCCGAGGCCCGGAGUACUCGACGUGGCUGGCGGCGCGCUGUGGUUUGCACAAGGUGGACCGCCCUGAGACGGUCAUGAGGAAAACCGUAAGGAAGAGGCAGAAACACAAGGACAAGGAGGUGCUGGAGACAGGCACGAGGCCAAUUGGCGAGGAGGCAGAGGGGCAGCAGGAGACGGCAGGACAGCUGGGGCGCAGCGAGGAGCUGGAAACGCUGGGGGUCCUUCUGGGGACUAUCAAUGUCGCCAGCUGGUCUAAGCAUGGCCUGGCGGCUUUCCAGGCAGCCGGCGCGCACGGUGCCGACGUCUUGUUUGUCCAGGAGCACAAACUCACGAGGCAAAGAAUGCGCACGGCGCAGCGGCUGGCUGCAAGGAGGAGCUGGCACCUCGUAGAGGGCACGGUGCUAGACGACACUCAGGGCAAUAAUGGCCGUGAUUGGCACAAUUACGGCGGCCUCGCGUGCGCCACGAGGGGCACAUGGAGAGCUGAACGGCUGUGGCAGAAGAGGGAGAUAGGAGGAGAGGUUGCGGUCUUUCGUGUGCGCAGUGGCAGGCAGAUGCUGCACGUGGGGGUCGUGCAUCUCCGGCGCAACAACCCGGUCCAGGCGCGCCGAGGAUUGCUCCUGGGUCUGCGGGAGUGCUUCGCCAGGCUCGGAGGUGCAGCUGUGCUCGGCGGCGACUGGAAUGUGGAGGCCUCGGAGGGCAUCCUCGGCGUUUUGACUGGGGAUGGCCAGUGGCAGCCUGCAGUGCCGCAGUCGUCCACGAUGGCAGGAGGCAGCGAUGCCAGGAAUGACGACUUCCUGGUCCAGGGCGUGGUUGUCGGCGAGGCAGUGGCGCACUGUGACCAGAUUGCGGACCACAGGUUGGUCACGAUGGGGCUCAAGGUGUGGGCCGAGGAGGAGGCUGAGGGUUGGGCUUGGCGGCGCGCGGCGAGAUAUGGCGUCAGUACCAGACCACGCGCCAACAUGGGCGAUGAAGACGACGGCUGGCUCGCGAGCGCCCGGCCACCUCGUAGUCAAGGUGAGCACAAGGUCCUUACUGAAGGAACGGGCUACAAGGGAGACCGACACCUGGUGCACUGGCAGCGCCCGGAGAGCCAAGAGGCGGGCUCCGUGCAGGCGCGGCGCGAGAGGCAGCUGAGGGAACUCAUCGCCGUGUCGGAAGCCGUGCAGGAGCGAAGGGGGCCGCGGGCGCGUGACGGAGCGACCCAGGCGCUAUCGCGAAAGAGGGCGUACCUUCGGCGGAAACUUGGGCUGCCGCGGGCCGUUGGACCAGAUGACGCACAGGACCUGCACAGGAAACUGCGGGAAGCAGUGGAGGUCAGCAGGGACGAAAGGAUCAAAGUGUGGCACGAGAGUAUACGCGAGGACAACCUGCGGAAGCGGACGUACAAAUGGAUCAGGACUCCGGCGCAGAGCUGUGGUGCCGCCGUGUACGACGCGACCGAGCAGAGACAGUAUUCGGGGCAAGCUGCGGUGGAGAAGCUCCGCACCGCGGCUGGCCAAGACCAGUGGUUAGCGAGCGAGCUGCUCCUCCUGCCUGACCUUGCUUACGAUGACCUGGUGGAUCUGUGCCUUGGCUUCGAGGCGGGAGGCUGGCCCCCGAGCCUCAAGAGGUGGAGGCAAACCCACAUCCCGAAGGAGAGCGACAGCAUCCCGAAAGUGGACCGCAUGAGGCCCAUCGCCAUCGCCAGCACGGUGGUAAGAAUGUGGCGCAAACACCGAGCAGAGCAGAUCGCAGAGUUCCUGGAGCCGGCUUUCGAGGCGGACCAAGCUGGCGGCCUGCGCCAGAGAACGCUCGAGGGGCUCCUGGAGGGCACGCUGACGGAGGUCGAACAAACGAUGGUCGCCAACAGGAUCGCGGGCACCCCUGCGUACGACCUCCUGAGCGAAGACGACAAGCAGAGAGUGGACAGCAAGAAGGGCGCCCUCUACGGCUCCUCCUGGGACUUCGAGAGCGCCUUCGACAGGACGGAUCCAGUGAUUGUAGGACGCAUCUGGGAAGAGUGUGGUGUGCCCCAUGGCAUCGUGGAUGGCAUCGUGGACAUACGGUGCAACCAGGAGCGGUGGAUUGAGAGUGCCGGCCUAGUCGCUAGUGAGCCCAUCGCGGUUUCACGGUCGUUGCCGCAAGGAGACCCUGCCAGCAUGCUUGGCAUGGCCACCGUGCUCAUGCCGCCGACGUGCCGCAUGAAACGGAGGGUGGCGACGGCCACGUGCUGCGUGUACGCCGACGACCGCACGGCCUGCACGAGGAGCCUGGAGGACACGCAGGAGGUGGAACGGCACUGGGGGGAGCUGGAGCAGCUUGCGGCGCUGCGGACGCACCUGGGCAAGACCCAAGGGUUCGUCGUCUCCGCGGACGUGCGCGACGCCGGCGAGGACCGCGGCGCCGACAGAGGCGCCAGAAGCAGCUUCAAGGUUCUCGGUGUCGACUUCUCCUUCGACGAAAGGGAGCUAACGCCCAGGGAGAUGGGGGAACUCAAGGCAGGCAUUGAGAGGCUGCAGAGGAUUGCCAAGCCACCGCUGGGCUGGCGGGCAAGGAGGCGCGCGGUGGCGACGGCAGCCGUGCCCCUGAUGGCGCGGGGGCUCGUCGCGGCCCUGCCGCAGGAGGCGCAACUGAUGGAGGUGCGACGGGAGGUGAGGAGAGCAGUGUGCGGCAGGAGGUGGCCCUCUGCGUCGGUGGAGCUCCUGCAUCUCCUAGCGGUGGGCCACUACGGCGACCUGCGGUACCACCUGGCGGACAGACGUUGGGCCUUCCACCAGGCCAGGGGGAGGGGGCAGGGCACGGAGGAGGAGCUGGCAUGGCAGAGGCUGGUGGAGGUGGCGGACAGUUGCGGCCCGACGCGCUGCCUGCAGCGACACCUAGAGGCAAUGGGCUUCCACAGGGGCACUUGCGCGGGCGAUUGGAAGCAUGGCGAGGGGCACUUGCGCAUCGACGACCGCAGGGGCAGAGCGGCGCACGUGCUCCGCGAGGCCUGGCGGCAGGAGCGCUGGGGCGCCUUCAAGGCCCGAGGGGCGACGAGACGUGGCGGCAGAUUAGCUGUGGAGGAAGGCGUCGCCUUCGAUGAAAGAGCCUUCCACGUCGCGACGGAAGUGCUGCAGUCAGGCGCGCUUGGCAGCCAUGCGCUGGCCGUGCUCGCCGGGGCCAUGUGGAGCGAUGCCAGUCUGGAUGUGGCGAUGGGCAGAGAGCCGCGCCCGUGCAGCGAUUGCCCGAGUGGCGAGGUGCCAGACGUGGUCCACCAUUGGUGGCGCUGCGACAGGUGGGCCGGCAGGAGGAGAGGUAUUGCCACGCCGCGGAGCGCGCUGGCCAGACGGAUGGGAUGGCCAGAGGUGGCGCUCCAGGGCGCAGACGCCCGCCGGGCAUGGCGGAAGCAGCUCGAGUACAUGGCUGGCGUGCGCCAGAGCCUCGUCGAGGCCAGUUUCGCUGGCUUGGUUUUCCCCAUGUAUGACAACGAGGCCUUGUGCGAUUUAUGCCGCCGCAACCUUGACAUCGAGCGCCCUACUUACACCAACCUCAACAGGCUGCUGGCGCAGAUCAUCUCCUCGCUGACUUCGUCGUUGCGCUUCGACGGUGCUCUGAACGUGGACGUCGCCGAGUUCCAGACGAACUUGGUGCCCUACCCACGCGUCCACUUCGUGCUCUCCAGCUAUGCACCCGUGAUCUCCGCGGAGAAGGCGUGCCAUGAACAGCUUUCAGUGGCGGAGAUCACCAUGUCCGUCUUCGAGCCCGCAUCCAUGUUCGUGAAGUGCGACCCUCGUCAUGGCAAGUACAUGGCAUGCUGUGUGAUCUUGGCGGCGCUCCCACCUCCUACGGUCCCUGCGGUGCCAAGGGAAACGCCCACCUCUGAACCAGGUUAUUCGAAGAAGCUGUCGAGCAUCAGGGGGGCGGCGAACGGGAGACAGUAUUGGCACUGGUUGUCGAGCGAGUCAGCGGAGUGUUCCGAGACGGCACUCCCGGACGAGACCGCUGCGACUACGUUACACGACGCUGUGGCGCCGAGCGCGCACUGGAUCUGGGGAGGCGACUGGAAUUCCCACUUCGGUAAGGACGCAGUCAGCUGGGGCUGGGUGGGAGGUCGUGUCCUAGAGACUCCCACGGCGGCCUCUUCGUAUCAUGUCCAGGAGUGGGCCCAGCCAGCUGGAUUGCAUCAUGUGGACAGCUUCUUGCCGUUCCGUGCGGGGAAGCGGGGUACUUGGCUCGACCGACGGAACCGCAAGUAUUACGAGAAUGACUAUUUCUUGUCCUCCAUUGCGCCUGGCUUCAGGCGCUGGCGGAAGGCUGCCACCUUUGCUGCGUCUUUCGGAGAUCACUUCGGGAAGGUCGUCGCCCUCGCGUUGCCAGGUCGAGUUCGCGCUCGUGAGUGCCGACGCCGGGCCGUCUCGGACGCUCCGCUGGGCAAGUGCCGCUCAGGCUUCGACGGUGCUCUCCGCGAGCGUCGGCCCCUCCGAGUCGACCUUCUCCGUGGGCCGUCACACAGCGCCCAGGCGGCUCGACGCGUGUUUGCGGAGGCAGCCGCCCGGCAAUUCGCCAACCCGACGCCGUCCUCUUCCGCCGCCGCGCCGGCUCCCUCCCUGACCAGCUGGGCGUCGCUAUCCAACGCCCUGCGGUUCGCUGCAGAGGAGGCCGUGGGCCGCCAGCCCCGCCGCAACGUGCUUCCGAUUCUGGCGUCCAGGCAGAAGGAGGAGGGCGCAGACAAAGCGGCACUAAAGGCAAAGUGGGGGUCGAUACGUCGGGAGCCGGACGGGGACAGAGCCCUCGCACUGCGGGCAGAACACAAGAGGAUGAAGGCGGCGGCGAGGAGGAAAGAACGGUGGUGGCGACGGGAAUUCAUAGACGAACUCUGUGGGGAUCUUCAGCGGGCAGUGGGCGAUCGGGACAGCCGCCGUUUCUACGCUGGAUUGCGGGAGCUGGGUGUGUUUUCGCGCGACACGGGGCUGCUGGAGGACGACUGUUUCACGGCAGAGCAGGCGGCCCAGCACUUCAGGAGCAUCGGGGGCGAACCCAACCUGCCCAGCACCCACGGCCAGGUGCUCCAGGAGGUGCCAGGGCACCCCCCCGACGUCGGCUUGGACGCGCCACCGCUGAACGACGAGAUCCAGUCCGCCAUCGACGCUAUGAGGGGUUCGGCCGCCGGUGACGACGAGAUCACGAUAGACGUGAUCCGAGCUGGCGGGCCGCCCGUGUUCCUACAGACGCGCUCGCUGGUGCGGCGUUUUUGGUCCCAGCCAGGGCAACAGUGGGAACCUGGAGUCGCGCGCGGAGUGGUGACCAUGCUGUGGAAGAGGAAGGGCAGCAGGGAUGACCUCGACAACUACAGGGGCAUAUGCCUCUUGUCGAUCAAUUUUCGUAUUCUCGCGCGGGUCGUGGCGAGAAGGCUGAGCGGUUGGGCGGAACAGAAGAGGCUGUACGUCGCCGAGCAAUGCGGAUUUCGCACUUACCGCUCCACGCGGGGCGCCAUCCUCGUCUGCAGGGUCAUGUUUGAAGAGGCGGUUCGCCCAGGCUCCAACUUCGAGGAGGACGUCCUCACGCUUCUCCUUGUGAGCGUCAAGAAAGCCUACCCCAACGUCCCGCGUGCGCUGUGCUGGGGCGUCCUGAAGAAGCUCGGCGUGCCGGCGGGGCUGUGGCAGUUGCUACAGGGCCUUCACGAAACAACGCAGUAUGUGGUCCGCACCAAGCGUGGCGAUUCCGCGCCGUACUUCCUGCAACGUGGUCUUCGCGAGGGAUGUCCCAGUAGUUGCGUGGUGUGCAACGUCUUCCAUAAUGCAGCCCUUCAAACCCUCAAGAAGCAGCUGGGCAGUGUAUCCAUCAGGGCGCGCACUGCGCUGGAGAAGCCGCUGCCCCGCCCUCGCGGGAAGGCUCCGCUCCCCGAGGGGCUGCAGGACUUCCUCUUUCAGCUGUUGGCUUUCGCGGGCGACACUUCUGUCCCGUCGGCGCUCUCGAACGCCGCAGAGGUCGAGCGCGCGGUCACUGUUGUUCUCCGGGGCCAUGGAGAGCACGUGCGCCCGGGGAAGACCGAGAGGAUCAUGGCCGCGCCGGCCGGGCUAGAUGGGCCACUCCCUGAGGGCUACUACCGCAGCAUCCGCUUGCUUGGCGCCUGGAUCGAUAGCGACGGGGGCUCCAGGAAGGACACGGAGGAACGCAUCAAGAAGGCAGCCGCUCUGUGGCACAAGAUCAGGCCGCAGCUGCCUCGCAUGCGCUUGUCUCGUAGACUGCUCGCUCAAGUUGUCCAGUCGACUGUGGUGGCGUGCCUGCUCUAUGGGUGUGAGGUCCGCACGUGCACUGCCCAGGGCUACAAGCGCAUGCAGGUGUUUGUCAACAAGAUCAUCCGCUGGCUGACGUGGACACCGGAGACGGGCGGUAUGCGGCAGAUGGAGGGGAAGCUUCCGAUGACGGACCUGCGGUUGCAGCUCGGCCUGCUCACCGUCAAGGAGUGCGUCAUGCGGCGCCAGUACGCGUACCUCGGACACGUGGCCAGAUACCCUGCUGACCGACUGGAAAGACUCGCUCUGGGUGCCUGGCUGGGCAGCUUCAAGGGGCGCGCCCUCGGACUGCGAGACUUCUACUGGCAGCGCGUCCGUGAGGUGAUGCGACGCAGUGGCCUGCCCGAGCGCGAGUGGCCGGACGCCUGGAUGGAGUUCGCUCGAUCGGGGGGGCCACGCGGGGCGCCAUGGCGUGCUGCUUGCGGGCGUGCCGUCGCUGAUCGCAAAGAGGAGGCCGACAGGGAUACUUGGGCGAGGCGCCGCGCUGACGACGUGCAGUGUCCCUACUGUUCCCGGCAAGUGGCGAACUUGCCGCGCCACCUCCGGGAGUGCGACAGAGCCCCUCUUCGUCGCCUCCAGGGCAAGCAGCCGCCGCCCCGUGCUGCGGCGCCGCGGACUCGAGUGCGGCUCCGGGGGAAACAGCGAGCAGACCGCCCCCUCCGAAUCCGACUCCCAGUCGCCAAGCGGACUCUCAAGCCGAAGGCGCGGCCGAAGUCGAGGGCUCAGAGCAAACGCACACCUCGCCCUCCAGCCCGGGCGCUCGACGCUCUCAGCCGCCAGGGAGGAUGGAAAUGCCCAUAUGGUCAGCAGAUGGUCGGCAGCCCGACUCACCGCUAUUUGUGCGCCGCUGCUCCGUGCGCCGUGUGGCACUCGCACGUGGAGUCGAAGCAGCGUAAGAAGUUCCCAGACGAGAGCGCCCGGGCGUCGUGGACGUGCAAGUGUUCCCUGUGCGGCAUGUUUUUUCCGAGUGUCAAAUCGGGCAAGAGUGAGCGGGCCAUCCUCAUGGAGGGCAUCAUCUCCGUGCUCACUGCCCACGAGAGGGUCCUGGGAGACCUCCUCGACCGCUCGUCGUUCGUGGUGGUGGUCAAGGAUGCUGGCCUGAAGGGGGGCAUCGAGACGGUGAGGGGCAGCUGGCGCAAGCAGGAUCCUCGCCGUAAAAAGGCGAACGACGGGGCCAUGGGCCAGGAUUCUGGUUCUGGGCCCCACCCGCUGGGCUCCCAGCGCGCGCUGAUCCACCGGCUCCUCUUUGAGAUGCUCCUGAAGGAGGUCUCCGUGGACAACGCCGAGGCCAGGGAGGCGGUGGGCAAAAUCUCGAAGCUGGCGAAGGAGGUCGUGGAUGGCAUCAUCUUCAGGAUGAAGCCGCGCCGCGACAAGCCGGCAGAGGGCAAGCCGUGGGUGUGGGCGUUCCUGAUGUCCGACGAGGUGCCUGCGGAGUACCACGGGGCCCUCCGGAUCGUGAAGUCGAUCAAGUGCGAGAAGCUCUUCGUGGCGAGCCAGCGCUCGCAGGGCGGCCCCGCGGUCAAAUGGCUGCUCGACCUGAGGAAUGGGUCUACGGAUGCCCGGCCCAUGCGCCAGCGGGUCGGCUAG